AUGUCGGCCUCGUCACGCAGCCAGAGCUCCUCCCCCGAUAUCCUGGGACCUCCAGGCGAUGCUCAGUACUUGAUCUCAUCACCGAUAAAGCCAUUCGCGGGGCGCCAAAGCUGGAUGUCUCCUAUGAUAGGGAAAUCACGAACUCCGGCCAAGCGACCGCGACCGCGCGUCAGCCGCAGUCCCGCAAAAAGCGCGCAUUCAAUUCAAUUCAACGAUGUCAUACUCCCCGGGACCCCGACAAGGAACUUCAAGGGUGGUCGGCAGAGGUCACUCUCCCCGGAGAAGCUUCAGGAUGGAAACCUUAGCCCGUGGCGCAUCCGACUUACCCUCGAAGCGACACAAGAUGAAGAUGACGAGAACCGGGGCAGCCCGUCGCGCAAACGAUUAAAACCCUCGACCAUGACCACGAUGAUACCAUUAAAGGAUGAAAGGAGUCCGUUGAAGGAGAAGACGCCCUUAAAGCGGCGAGGGCGUCCACGAAAGUCUGACCUAAAUUUGUCGCCGUUUUCCGGGGACGUUGGGCAGACUCCUCGUCCUGGGCAUACACCUGGGCCAGGGCAUACUCCUGGGUUACGAGUUGGUGACUCUCAGCCACGCAAAAGAGGCCGACCACGUGGUACGCCCAAACCCAAACCACAGGAUUUCCAACUGCUGGACGACCAACCAACGCCGACUGCCGAAUAUGACCAUCCUUUUAGUCCAAUGGAUAUUAUUCCCAAUAGUGACGCCCUUUCAACCCAGCAAUUUAGUCCAAUGGAUACCAUGACCAAUGAAGCUGAUCUAGGCCAACGUGAAUACAGCCCGAUGGACACCAUAGCUAGUGACGCUAGUCUGGGCCACCAAGGACUCAGCACCACAGAUGCCCUCAUUAGUGACGCUGGCCUACACCGAGAAAGAUUCAGUCCGACGGAUUCUUUUGCUGGGAGUAACGCACAUGCCAGUCCCUUGAAUCUCGUUGGAGGUGCAGACUCGGAAGAUGACUCUUGGGGAAACUCGGACAUGUCAAUUGCAGAGCUUCCUGACCCAACGGAGCCCAUCACGGAAGUUCUCCCCAAUGUUCGCCGUGAGUACGGCCGUACGAGUUUGGAGACGCCUGUUAUCGGAGCUACGGAACACCACUUUCUGGAUGAUGAAAACAUCCACUCUACCCCUUCUAAAAUGCCAUCACCUACACGCGAAAGAGCAAUAUUGUCAUCGAGAGCUUCUCAUAACACGUCUAGCCCACAAUCGCGCACAUAUCCGACUCCGACCCCCACGUCUUCGCUGGCCGACGAAGAAAAUCAAACCCAACAAGCCGACGUAGACCAUCCCUCAAGGACAGAGACCCAUCAUGCUCAAACCGACCCCGUUGAAGAUUCCGCAGACGAGUACGAUGAAUACGACACUAUUAUGGAAAGUGAAGGAUUCACUAUGAUUUCCCUUGAUACACUCCCAUCGGCCAAGCAGCAUGGGUUCGGCUCCAGUGCUGCGACGAACAGCGCUCCCAAACGAAAGGAAGUUGGUGAACGGUUGAGACGCAAGCUUCCCGGGACAAUUGAAGAGCUCCGUGGGGAUUCUCGUGCUGAAAAGUCAUCCAGUCCAGUCACUACGGGGCUAGAUCCUAGGUUUCACGACAAGCCUAGCCCCCAUAUUCCAGAAAGUCAGACUGUGCAUGCAACUGAGCAGCAAUCUAUUAACUACGUGAAUGGGAUCGCCUACCCUGAACUGCCUGCCGCAUCGUCUCCCACUAAACCAACAAGUGUUCGAAAGAAGAGGACAUUCAUCAGUUUAGCUAGACUUGUUCGGCUUAGCUUAGCCCUGCAAGGUCCCUUCCAGCCCCAAGAAGACGAGUGGUCAGGCAAGAGUAAUGCUCAUCACAAAAGACUCCGAUUGGAGGGUGUUUUCAGCACAUUCAACGCUGAAACGCAGCGAGAACUCCGAGCUGCUAUGGGGAUAGGACAGGAACUUGCUAUGCGUCGAAUGGUCGCCGAGGAAGACAGGGCUGCGGCUAUAGCAGCAGAACAUGCAGCAUCUCGUCUCGAGAAGGAACGCCUCGAGGAAGAACAGGAAGAACUUCAUUAUAACGACUUCAAUGAAGAAGAAUUGGAAGAGCAAGCGCACGAUGACACCUUUGAAGAUGAGAUCGAGAAGCAAGAAGGAUAUAGAGGAUACAGCGAACCGUCACCCCCCAAGUUCAACAACUCCAUGCAGCAAAGCCCGGCUUCCCACCAAAAGGCACGGCGGGAGGCACAGUGGCAGCUUGAACGAGAAGCAGUCAGCCGCCAGGCUCAGAUGGCUUCAAACUCACGGUCGGUCGUUUACAUUGAUAGUGAUGAGAAUGCGGCGGAAGAGGAUGGGGACAUCGGACUUGAAGAUGAACAGGGAUUUGAACUUGAGCCCAGAUAUGAGUUUGAUAAAGAGCCCAGUAAUUCUGCAUUCGAUGUCGUAUCAGAGCCAGCGCCAUAUGUGCUAAAAGACGUUGAACCCGAACCCGAACCCGAACCCUUGGAAGAUGAGGAUGAUGGCUAUGAUGACAUUUGGCAACUUGAAGCCAACGAGCACAGCCAUAUUUCACAACAUUCUGAGGAUGACGAUGUCCAGCCUAAUCGGCAGCCGCUUGCACGUCCUUUGGGCAGCCUUGCUCCAAUUUCGGCAGGUCAAGACUACUUGAGCUCAUCUCCUUACGCUACCUCGGAACGUGAGUAUGUAGCGCGCUUCGGACCAUCCAAGGUUCGCGAGCUCCGUGAACAAAAGGUCGAUUUGUCUGCUUUGCUUGCGGAAGAGGAUACACCAAACCGUGCGCGGUAUUACAAUGGAACGAGUACUCCUCGGGCUGUGCUGGCGCAGCCAUUGGGGACACAUAAUCCAUCCAUCAAUACCUCUGCCAUGAAGGACCUGGUAUCACGCACUCCAGCACGUAUGCGUUUACAACCUCUCUCCCAAUCCAGCCCCGAUGCUCCCAGCCCACGGGUCCCCAGUCCACAAAUGGCGUUCCUCGGUGGGAAUAAAUCUCCAAAGUUUGUACAAAGAAGCUCGCCUAUGCAAGAACCAUUGGAAGAGGAUCAUGACAACAGCAGCAUUUCCAAUGCCGCUCUCAGUCAAUUGGAAUCUGCCAACGUUGAUUCUGCCUCCACCCCACAGCCUCCUCGACCCACUAGGGAGGAGCCAGGAUCAUCCUGGUUCAGUAAAAUAACCAGUUUCACCCCGCAAUGGCUAAAAGCCCCCACCCGUGACCGAAGCUCAAGUGUUAGUACUAUUCCGGAGGAACCAUCUGACUUCGAAGAUGAGGAGGAAAUGGUCAGCAUUGAAUCUGCGAGGGAGCUUGGUGGACAUCUCCAGGACGAGGCGCUCUUAAAGCAAGCGAGCCAGUCACCUACGAGUCAUUGGAGAGAGCCGUCACAAUCCCAGUCUCCCCAAAUAAAGCCAGAUCCUCUUCCCACAAUGGAAGAAGACGAGGACCCGAUACACGAGAGAAGUGUUUCUCGGGACCUCUUGGAAGAACAGGGGGUUCCGGUUUAUGAGCAGAGUGCCUCUCAAGACCUCUUGGAGAACGAAGACCCGGAGCCAUUGAACCACCAGGAUGGGGCCUCUCCAGGGCCUCGGCCACUUGCUGUCUUCGGAUACUUCUCCGACCAGCACUACGCUGCGCUUCGUCGUAUCUACCGAGUUGCCAAGCGAUACCCGGAGCACUUUCAAUACUACGAUGCUCCAGGGCGUGCAGCCAUCAUUGGUGAUUGGAUAUGGACCUCCGAUGGUCAUCACGGGGUGCCCAUCACAGAGAUUCAAUUUGCCAUCAUUGAUCGCUUUGCCCAGGAACUUGCUCGGGCUGAUAUCCAAUAUGGCGGUAGCGGACAGAUCGAUUGGACAGAAGCCGAUUUGCACCGGAGACUCAUAAGCAUCAUUAUUGGUGAGCAGAUCCGAGAGGAAGUAAAGGCCAAGGCCAACCGGGGUACUUCCGUGGAUACAUGGCGGUGA